CUCAAUGUCCACGCACCCGGGCACCGCAGCCGGCGGCAGCGGCGCCGCCACGCCCAUCGCCGCCCCGACACUGCAGGGCCCGACCAAGACGCCGCUGCUGACCUUCGCGCCCGGGCUGCACCUCCUCUCCGUGCCCGCGCUCCUCUCGCUCAUCUCCGCCGGCAGCGGCAGCGGCGACGAGCCGUACCUCGCAUCGCUCGCCCCGCGCUCCAUCCUCCUCAUCUCGCCCGAACGUCCGCCGGCGCGCCUCGCACGCUGGGCCGCCGAGCGCCGCGUGCAUCUCGUGCACUUUGGCCUGGGGCCGUGCCCGCCGCUCGACGGCGAUGCCGAGGGCAGCCACGAGGACCGCGACGGCGGCGACCGCGAGCGCGUCUGCAAGGAGGGCGUCGAGUGGUGUGUGGACCGCACACGGGCGCCGCUGAUCGUGUGCGAUACCUCGGGCGCGAAUGAGGCAGCAUUAGUCAUCGGCUGUCUGCGCCGCCUGCAGCGCCGCAACUUUGCCAGCAUCUGCGCCGAGUACCGCACCAUUGCCGGCAAGCGGGCGCGCGCCGCGAAUGAGCGCUUCAUCGAGAUGUUCGACACGGACCUCGUCUCGCUGCCGCCGCGCGAGCGCCUGGCCGACUGGUUUGCACUGCACCUCGACGACGAUGACCGCGAGCUCGCGGCGCUGUCAGAGGCGCCAGCCGGAUGAGCCCCAGCGCAUCGAAGCACGCAAGCACGACGGCGCGCGCGGCAGAGGUGUCAUUGCACUGGCCGCGGAUCACCCUCGCGCUCAAGGAGCAUUGUUCCGCAGCCAGGCGCGCGAGUCGCUCAGCGCAAUGUGGCCCAGCCCGCUGGCGGCGCUGAUGGCGCGCACCGAGGAGCGCCAGUGCACCUGCGGCGCCUCGGGCAGGGCGAUCUUGAGCUCGAUCGAGAGAGCCGAGAGCAGCGGCGUCAAGUACUCGGAUGCAACGCGCAAGAUUGCCUCGUGGCUCGGCACCUUGCCCGAGCCGGCGCGCACGUUGAGCACAUCGAUGACGAAGGCGCCGCCGACGAGGCCGUGCACGCGCUCGACGGCGCGCUGGCACGCCUCGUGCACCGUCUCGGCGCUCGGCGCAGAGGUUGGACCCGUGUAGGAGCGC